AUGGCCACGUUCGUCAUGCAGGCGCUGGGAUGCGAGGUCGCGGCCAUCAACACCGUGCAAUUUAGCAACCACACGGGCUACCGCCAAUUCUCAGGCCGACGCACCCCCGCCAACGAGCUCAAAGAACUAUACGACGGCCUCCGCCAAUCGUACCUCACGGACUUCGACGUCCUUCUCUCAGGGUAUUCGCCCUCCGCCGAGGCCGUCGAGGCCAUCGGCACCAUUGCGCGGGACCUGCGCUACCGCUCGACCGUGCACCCGGGCGGGUUCUUCUGGGUGCUCGACCCCGUCAUGGGCGACCAAGGCAGACUGUACGUCGCCGAGGAUAUCGUGCCCGCGUAUCGCGCCUUGAUCCGGGAAGCCGACUUGAUCCUCCCGAACCAGUUCGAGGCCGAGCUGCUCAGCGGCGUGAGCAUCAGUAGUCUGAGUGGCGUGGCGAACGCGGUGCGGACGCUGCACGCCGUGCAUGGGACGAGGCAUGUCGUGGUCACGAGCGUGAGGGUCGGCACCGCCGCAGAAGCAGAUGCCGGCUCAAACACACUCACCGUCGUCGGGAGCACAAAGAAGCAAGACGGCAGCGCACGACUGUUCAAGAUCGACGUCCCCAUGCUGGACUGCUACUUCAGCGGCACGGGCGACAUGUUUGCGGCGCUCAUGGUCGCGAGGCUGCGCGAGGCGUGCGCCGAGGCCAACCUGUUGGCCAGGCCGUCGUGGAUGCCGGAUGACGAGGUCGAGGCGGUGGAUCUACCGCUGGCAAAGGCCACGGGGAAGGUGCUCAGCAGCAUGCAGAUGGUGCUGGAGAAGACGUGGACGGCGCGGGACGAGGAGAUGAAGAAGUUCGGCAGGAGUCCUGGGGCGAGCGUGGGUGGGGUUGAGGGCGAAGGGGAGACCGUCGGCGAGGGCAAGAGGCGGUUCUUGGCCGAGACAAAGGCCGCGGAGGUGAGAGUCGUGCGGAACGCGAGGGAUUUGAGGCAUCCCGAGGCGAGAUACCAGGCUCAAGCCAUCGAGGUGUGA